AUGUCUAUCAAUCGUAAUAAAUAUGAAAAAGCUCGGAGACGUCUUGCUGCCGUAACAUUUUUGUCAAAUAUAUCUCUCGACGGUAAGAUUAAAGAAAAGGGAUUAGUUAAUAAUGAAGAAAAAUCAUCAAAAAAUGAAAUAAAAACAGACUUUGAAAGCAAACCGAUUGAUAUUCACAAGGAUAAAGACGUUACCAUAAGGAAUAGCGUUCGCUAUAAACAUAAAGUGCCUCAAUUAAGCCCAAUACAUCGAUCAGGUACGGAUAAUCAUUCCGUAAGUUCAGAAUCAGAACACACGAUGGCUAUAACUCCUGCUAAAGGAGUUACGAAUACAUCUUUCAGAGAAAGGUGUUCUUCUGGAAAUACAGAGUCAUUUAAAGACAAACAUGUCUCUAGAAAUAGAAAAAGUCAUGUUACUCUCACUGGAGCUAAUGCUGAUGAUAAGAGUAGUACAGAGAGCCUCAAUAUUGCUAGAUUUAGGUCAAGUAAUACAUGCAUUCCUGAAAAUGCAUUAACAAAGGAAGUACGUCUGGUUAGACCCAAUAAGGGAGUCUCCUUUAAAGAUGAAAGACUUGCUUUGGUUCCGGGACAGGGUGCUCCUUGUCUUAUAUUUAGUACUAUACCAUAUUCAAAGACCAUACGCAGUGCCCGAUCUGAUCUAAGAAAAGAUGGUGUAAGAAGGAGAAAUACUUCAGGUCCAAGACCACUGUCAUCUAUAACAGACAAUGGAGUUGAUCCAUUCGAUCUUUUAGGUUUAGAAAAGGAAGAAAAUGGUCAAGAGAUAUCAUAUUCAAAAUUAUUGGUUCCUGCAAAAGUUUGUGCCAGGGAACAUUAUAAAAAAAUGUAUGAAGGUGAUUUUACGGAAAAAGGUAACUGGAAAGUUAUUAAUCGCCAUCCACAUGUAAUAGCAAGGACUAAGUUAUUGACGAGGCACAAGGAUAAAAAAUGGUGUUUUUCUUAUGAGUCAUCUCAGAGGACAACAAUACCAUCCUCACCUCCUCAUUCGUCAGUUGAUCUUAAAACAUUUGACUGGGAUGAAGCAGCAAUUCUCUCUCAAAAAUAUGUACACUAUUGUCCAAAUGUGUUGGAUGAUCCAGAGCUUAUAGCUGGGAAACAUAGAACUCUGCUGACAUUUACGUCUUACAUGACGUCAAUUAUUGAUUAUGUUCGUCCACAAGAUCUCAAAAAGGAGCUUAACGAUAAAUUCCGAGAGAAAUUUCCUCACAUUAAACUAACACUCAGUAAAUUGAGGAGUAUUAAAAAAGAAAUGCGAAAGAUUGCAAAACAUGAUAAUGGAGGAAUUGAUUUACUCUCAGUAGCACAAGCAUAUGUUUACUUUGAGAAACUGAUACUUGCUAACCUCAUUAACAAAGACAAUAGAAAGUUGUGUGCAGGUGCAUGUUUACUGUUGUCUGCUAAACUCAAUGAUGUUAAGGGAGAUUCUUUGAAGGCACUUAUAGAACGCAUAGAAACAACAUUCAGAGUUAACAGAAAAGACUUGAUGAGAUUUGAAUUUGCCGUGCUGGUAGCCUUGGAGUUUGGACUUCAUGUGCCGCCCUAUGAGGUGUUCCCUCAUUAUCAGCGAUUACUCCAUGAGUCGUGA